CACCGGCAUGAGGAAGGGCCCCUUCACUCUCUGAGCUGUCACACGGCAUCAUGCUCCCGGGGUGACCAGGGGCCUCAUCCGGCCUGUGCUUUAAUUUGGGGCCUGAGCCCAGUGUCAGCCAGCCAGCAGGUGCCCCAAAGGUGGUCACUAAUGAACGAGUGUGAGAUGGACAGAGGGGGCCUCUCCUGCCUGCUUCUCUAAUAGGUCCAGCCCACCAGGUCUCCUGCGUGUAUGUCAGACUCCCCUGGGGGGUUUGGGAAGGACCUUCGCGAUGACAGGCCCAUCCCAAUAAUCCAGAAUAAGGAUCCUAUCUCAAAAUCAGAAGAUUAGCAACCUCAAUACGCCCUUGGUGGGGAAAAUACACAUUCCAGGGGUUAGGACGUGGGCGUCUUCCUCCCCAACAAGCCCAGUACAGCUCAGCAGUGGGGGCUGAGCGUAAGCCCUGGUUUGGCUCCAAGGCCCAGGGGCCUCCUCAUCCCCCCGGAGGGUGUGGGGGCCUAGCUGUUCUGGGCCCAGCCCUGGUUGCUGAGGCCAUGGGGUGCUGUGGCCUCCGGGUUAUCUCCCUGCUGCAGGCACCCACCCUAGGAGCAUCCCAGGGGCCCCAGAGUGGAGGUGGUCCUGCUGAGGGAGCUCCUGCGAGCCUGAUCAGAGGCCCUUACUCCGGCGGAGGCAUGAGGCUCCUCCUGCUUUUCUGCUGGGCCAUGCUGGCCGCCGGCAGCUUCUCCGUGGGGCAGGAGCUAGAAGUCACCCCUGAGACCUUCAUCGCCUACAAAAUCCUGGAGGUUUUCCCCAGAGGACGCAGGGUGGUCAUAACGUGCCACUCACCCCAGGUACCCCCGCCCGUCACCUACUCCCUCUGGGGCAGCCAGGGCACCGAGGUCGCCAAGAAGGUGGUGAAGACCGGAGACCCAGCCUCCUUCAGCAUCAACGUCACGCUCAAGUCCAGGCCAGACCUGCUCACUUACUCCUGCCAGGCGGCCUCCCCCUGGGGCGUGCACUCAGCCAGCACCAAACUGCAGAUGUACUGGGAGCUGUGGACCAAGCCCGUGUCCCAGCUGCAGGCGAACUUCACCUUGCUGGACAAGGCAUCGGGCCCCAGGGUAGAGAUUUCCUGCCAGGUGUCCUCAGGCAGCCCACCCAUCACCUACAGCCUGGUCGGGAAGGACGGGUCCGUCCACACGCAGCAGAGACCGAACUACGGGCAGCCUGCCAACCUCUCCUUCACCCUUACCAACACGUCCAACUGGCUCCAGUGCCAGGCUGAAAAUGACAUCAGUGUCCAGUCCAGCCCCUUCAAGAUGGUGCCCCCAGGACAGCUGCCCCAGGGGGCUAUCGUGGUGCUGACUGGGAGCCUCACCUCCAUUGCAGCUGUCACCUCCUGGUUGCUAGGCCCGGCCUUGUGGACCAGCCCCGCAGGCCUCUGUGUGCUCCACCUGUCUGGCCUUUGGGAGCUGUCACCUGUGCCCCGUGAACUUCUCACCUCCCUGGGCCUCUAGGAUACUGCCAUCUCCUGGUUGUCUUCCUCCCUCCCUGGCCAGGCUUCUCAGCAGCCAUUGUCUGUCUUUGGUAGUCCCCUUGUCUCACCUCUGGGUCCCUCCCUCCCAUCUCUGUCCCUUCAAGAGGCCAGACUCAUGGGAAAGCCAUGUCACCUCUCUGAGCCUCUGUGUUCCCUUCUAUAAAAUGGGGUAUAGAGACAGGGCUCUCACUCGCCAUGUGACCAGGGGCCAGUGCUUGUCCUCUUGGUGAUUCAGUUCCCUCCCCUUCAUUUAGUGGGGUGACUAAGCCUUACACCCCUUCUGCUGCCCAGGGCACUGAUGCACUAGGCACCAUAAAACUCCCAGAGGCCUUGGGAGGGGGCGGCUGAGAGGUGUGUUUGCCUAACCUGGAAUCUUAACUCCUUUGUC